AUGGACUAUGAAGCAGUUCCAGUUUUCAUCCUUGAGAGCUUCUAUAUAAGCCACAUUCAAGAGUUUGGCUCGACUGAACAUUUUGCUUCCAGCCUGGUGGAUGAUGCAAAUGCCAUACUCCAGCUGCUGCCUCUGCAAGGAAGGGAUGGAGGUGCUCAGCAGCUGUCCAUCGAGGCACCCUGCAAGAGCACGCCAGCCACGGGUGGUGUGAAGAAGCCACACUGCUACUGGUCAGACACCUUGGCACUGCGUGAGAUCCACCAGAUGCUGUUCCAGUGGCUGGUGUGCAAGAUCGUGCAGGACCUCAAAACUGACCUGCACUCCCAGAGCUGGGCCAUCAUUGUGCUGCGGGAGGCGUGCAAGGCCCACUUGGUGAGGCUCUUUGAGGACACCAACCUCUGCGCAUUCCCCACCAAACGCGUCACCAUUAUACCCAAGGACAUCCAGCUGGCGUGCCGCAUCCGUGGAGAGAGAGUAUAA